AUGCGUGGCGAUACUUCCACCACUACUACUAGUAGUAGUAGUAUGCCGCCGGAUUUGCGCGAGGAGGAAGAGGGGAUAGCGGAUCCGCCACUGAGCAUCUUCUCAAUUGUCACCUUCUCAUGGGUAAUUCCCCCUCCACCCCCCCACCUCCCCACCUCUCCCCCCCCCCCCUCCUUCCCGACCCCUCUUUUAUUAGUCCUUCUCCUCCUCCUCAGUCUCCUCCUCCAUUUCUCCUUCCCUGUCCAUCACUCGCUCGUCUCCUCUGAUUUCUUCCCCAUUCGAGCCAACCCCUUGUCCUUCUCUUCCCCCCUCCACCCACCAGCCAACCCCCUCCCCUUUUUUUUUUAUCUUCCCACUCCCCCUCCUGCCUUCCCGCUCGCUCCCUCCGCUCCCCCCCAGCUCUCCCCCCUGAUGACGCAGGGCGUGCGCCAGGUGCUAGGCCCCAGCGACCUGUACCCACUGCCUUCCGCCUUCUCCGCGCAGCACCUGGGGGCGCAGCUCAGCGCGCUCUGGGCAAAGCGCAAUCCGCCCCCCGAGCAGCAGCAGAAAGGGGGGACGGGUGCGGGGAAACAUUUGGGAGGGGGAGGGGGGUGGGCGGGGGGGUACUGGGCGGUGUGUGUGUGGCCGUUCCGGUGGCGGCUGGCGCUGGUGGCGCUGCUGAUAGUGGCGGAGUCCGCCCAGCGCAUCCUCCCCGCCCUCCUGCUGCGCCAACUGCUUCGCUUUGUGCAGGAUGCGCAGGACCCAGAAACGAGAGACCCUGCGUGGCGGGGGUACGUGCUGGCGGGGCUGAUGGGGCUGCUGACGCUGGCCUUCGCGCUGCUGCACCAUCAGAUGUGGAACCUCGCGCAGAUCGUGGGGUGGAACCUCAGAGUGGCUUCCAUGUCGUUCAACCCCCUCUAUUCCCCCUUCCCCUCCCCUCUCUCCCCACCAGUCAACAUCAACAGCAAGCUCCUCUCGCUGAGCGGGGGAGCACUGAACCACAUCACCACAGGCCACUGCAUCACGCUCAUGUCUAACGACGUGCGCCGCCUCGACGAGCUCCCCAUGUUCAUCCACUUCCUCUGGGCGGUACGUUCUGCUCCUCGUUUGCUGCCCCUCCAGUCCUCCCCCAUUCUUUGA